AUGGAUUUAGACGAAGAAGAUGGCGGAAUACUGCACGAUACUGUGGCAGUGCGAAGGCUUGAGGACUACCCAGCUAACAAGGGAAGAGAUAUAAGCGAUGGGACCAAACAAUCGGAAUAUGACUUAGAUAACUGUUCUCAGGACGGUGAGAUUGUUGAAGAUAACGAUAAGAUUGAUCAGGAUCUAGAUUCUGAAACAUCCAACCCAGAUACAGAUGCCGAAGAUGAUGAAAUUCAGAUAUGCAGCAAUUCAAAGAUAUUUGGACAAGGCCAUUAA